AUGGGGGCCACCCCUUUCCACCCCUCGAUCCUCAAGGUCCGGCUUCCGAAGAAUUUCGACAAGCCAACUGAUAUGAGGUACGACAGGACCAAGGAUCCCCAAGAGCACCUCACCGCUUUUGAAGCGAGAAUGAACUUGGAAGGAGUAGGCGAUGCGGUCAGGUGCCAAGCAUUCCCCGUAACGCUGGCCGGCCCAGCGAUCCGAUGGUUCAACACCCUCCCACAAAGGUCCUUUACGGCCUUCGCAAACAUCUCCCAAAUCUUUCUGGCUCAGUUCACGACACGCAUAGCUAAGGAAAAACACCCAAUUAACUUGCUAUGGGUCACCCAGAAACCCGGAGAACUGACCAGGAAGUUUCUGGACAGGUUUAACGAUGAAUGCUUGGAAAUCGACGGCCUCACGGACUCAGUCGCUAGUCUUUUCCUAACAAACGACCUGCUAAACGAGGACUUUAGGAAGCACCUCACAACUAAGCCUGUGUGGACCAUGCAGGAAAUUCAAAGCGUGGCCAAAGAAUACAUCAAUGAUGAGGAAGUAAGUCAGGUCGUAGCAGCCAAUAAACGGCAGCUCCCUAACCCUCCGGCCCGUCAGGUCCCUCAGGUCGAUAGAUAUAAGGAGGCCCCCAAGGACGGAACCCCAGCCAAACAGCAUAAGCAACCUCCACGGGUGGGAAGGUUCACAAACUACACGCCACUCACGGCGCCCAUAGUGGAGGUUUACUAG